AUGGACACUCAAACUGUAAAUCCGUAAGUUGUUUUCGAUUUUUGAUAGAAAUUACGGUUUAAAGAUGCUUACCGUGCCUUAGCGCUACAUACUUAAGCUCCUCUACCUUACUGUAACUUUAUUUACAUCGUAUACUGAUAAUAGGACGUAGGGUUUUGUUAUUUACUUUUAAUAUUGUUUUAUCUUGCCUUUAAUAUUACUUUACCUUACCCUUGAUAUUUCCAAAAUACGCCAAAAUGAUGUUUCAGUGACUAUGACAUGUGGAGCGUUCUCUCCCUUCAAGAGAACAAUGUGAACGGGUUCUGGCAGUUGUGGCUGUCGAUAUUCAUUUGGAUGGCCGUUUCCUACAUUUUCGUUCAUGCCAUCGCAUUUCUAGUGGCUGUGAUUUCACUACGAUAUCAUCCAUGGGUAUUCUUCAUCAGUUUUCCGUUUUUGUGUGAGUUUUUUCGAAAUUUAAAAAAAAAUUUAAUUUAAAAAAAUUUUAAAAUUUUGAAAAAUAAAACUGUCUUUACAGUAAUGAUGCUGUUAGGCCCAACGACAGUCGGAGCCCUAACUAGUGCCUCGAUAGCACUGACAUUCUCCAUGGCACAAAAGUCCAUAACCGCCUGGCAUUGCCUUUUCAUUGGCUGCGGCCAAACGCUAAUCGUACUCAUGACCUCAUUCUUCCGAAUUCUGGCCACUCUCUAA